UCCAAAUAUAAUAACAUCAGCACUGUCAGACUGCUGUCUGUUGAAACUUGUGCAUGAACAUGAGACCAAACAGGAAGAUCAAACCCACCUCCCUCCCCAACGUCAUACUUCAGCUCUAUUUCAGUGUCGCCCUCCUGCAGUCAGCAGCAAGUCAGUAUGGAGGCUACAACUCUCUGCUUCAGGCUGUGUGAGUUCAGCUUUCUGACUUUUAUUCAAACUUUGACAGUCUCCCACAUCACAAGAUUUAUGGAUAAUUCUCUUGUUUUACUAGUGAUGCUUGAAUUCCUGCUGGAGAUUCACAUUCACAAAAGUGAUGCAGUUUUGCUUCGAGUCGAUCCAAACAGGCUUCAGCACUUUGACUAUGAGUCUUUGUCUUUUCAUUGUGAGGGAACCGAAGGUUCCAUUAAAUUGAAAGGAACCAGCAAUGCUGAGGAGUUUCAUCCAGUUUGUAAAAUCAUGAAAACUUCAUCCUCCUGCACGAUUUCUAAAAUUUAUUCAACAGACAGUGGAGAAUUCUGGUGUGAGUCUGGAGCUGGAGAGAGAAGCAACAGAGUCAGCAUCACCAUCACUGCUGGUUCUGUCAUUCUGGACAGUCCUGCAUUUCCUGUGUUUCAGGGAGACAAUGUGACUCUUCGCUGCCAAAGUAGAAAGACUUCCACAAAGCAAACGGCAGAUUUCUACAAAGAUGGCGUCCUCAUUGAAGGGAGUCGUUCAGAGCAGAUGGCGCUUCACAACGUCUCCAAGUCUGAUGAAGGAUUUUACAAGUGCAGCAUCGACGGCGUUGGAACGUCACCAGAAAGUUUCCUGGCUGUCGGAGUUGCAGCAAAUUCCGUUUCCAUCAUCUUUCCAACACCUCAUGAAGAGACGCCGUCUGAUGAACCUGAAUCUCCUCUUGGCCUCGUCCUGAUGUUGGUUCCUCUGAUGGUUCUGCUGCCGGUCGCAUUUAUUUACUGCAGGAAACGCAGAGCUUCUUCAGAGACGCCAACAGCAGCAUCAAACUCAGACGAAGCAGCUUUAGGAGUGUCUGGAGGUGAAGCUGGAGAUGAUGUGGACGGUUUGACCUACGCAGUCGUCUUCACUAAGAAGAGACGAGACAAAGACGCUGCUGAUGCAGGAGAUAAUUUGAGUCGUGAGUCAAACCACAGCAGAAAACCAGCAACAGAAGAUGCAGACGAUUCCUCAGUUCAAGCCGUUUACUCCACUUUGAAAGAGACACGACGGCCUGCAGAAUCAGGAUUAUCAGGCUCCACGUCGGCCUUAAAUCCCACAGCAGCUGAGAGUCGAAUUUACAAGAGCAAGAAAUCGUCUAUUCUGCCGUCCAGAAGACAACAAAGAUCAGAGACGCCUGACUGAGAAAAGGAGGAGAGACUCUGAUUAAAGCUGAGCUGAACGUUGAGCUGCGUUGAAAUAUUGUUGAUUUUGGACAUUUUUUUAAUUUACUUUCUUCCUCCUGACAUAUUUAAGACACAGGAACUAGUGAAUAACCUGCUGUAAGAAACGACUGUCAGCUGGUUUCUUCUUAAAGCAUUAUUAGUUUAUUAAAGGAAAUACUUAUUGAAACCUUGCUGCAUUUAUCAGAGCCAGAAAAUAUCAAAAUGUUGUAUUUGAUGGAUGAUUUUUUGUCUGUUUCCUCUUGUAUUGUCUCUUUCUAAUAAAACACCAUAACAUAGAUAUAAAAUAAAUGCACCAGUGUGUCCUAAAAAUUAAAAAUAGCCGUGAAUAGUAGGUAAUAAGGAAGUUAAUGUUGAAAAAAUGUUUGAAAAUGUCUUAUUGUUGUAUGUUUAAAAAAAAAAAAAGACAAAAUUCAUAAAUAAGAAAAGUUUCAAACCCAAUUCAAAACAACAAAAAAGAGUCAAUUUAGUGUAUUUUAUUGGUAAUAAAGUUAAAGAAGGAAAUCCAGUUUAGGUGCAUAAAUUAAACUAAAUAUUCUUUUGGAGUUAAAUAAUUAAAAUUCAGCUUCUUUCUCACCUUUAAUCCUUUCAGUUCUUCAUCUAAUUCAGCAUCAGCGUCUGUUUUUAUUAUAUCUGCAGCUUUAUAAAUAAAAACUUUACCUCAGUUUUGUCUUCUGUGACGUCUGGAAGGAAUUUCACCAGAAAACUUACCGAAUGUGACAUGAAGCACCUGAAAAUGUGACUUUAGUUGGAAUAUUUGUGACAUUUUUCUGUGAUAAAAAGCACAUUUACAACUGAACAACUUGAUCUAUUUGAUCAUUUCUUAUCAUAUUUGAGACAAUACUCAGUUUUAUUAUCGAUUCUUAUAGAUAAUUUGUUUAUGGAAUCAGAGAAUGAAAAAUAAAUCCUUUACUGCCCUGUUAUGCUUUAGCAAAUAAAAAUUAAAACACAGAGCUACAACACU